ACUGCAAGGAGGGGGACACUCAGCAUGGGCACUCAGAAUUGCCUCUGGCAUUUCAUCCUCCUCUCCGUUCUCCUCUGUACCCUGAUGGCAUUAGAGGGAAAGGACACAACGACUGCCACCUCUGAGAGCCACCCGAGUGUCUUGAGGAGCACAAACAGCAGCAGCAGAGCUGGCCCAGCUGCAAACAGUUCAGAUGGUUCCAUGGCAGAGCCUGACACCCCAAGAACCCAAACCUCCCUCCUGGGCACAACCUUGCUGUCCCCCUCCACCAUGAGGAUGGUGGGUGCAGAGAGCUCAGCAUUGCUAACAACAGGAACUGGCACCACCAUUGCUGCUUCCUCCCCACCUCUCAGCUCAGCCACAAGGAGCCACUCCUCAUCUUCCUCCUCUCCUGGGAGCUCCUCAGCUGUGCCUCCCAGCCCACAGCAGAGCAGCACCAGCAGCACCACUAGGAUGCUCUCAGCCACCACAUCCCACCCAUCCACAGCCCUGGUGUCCUCUCCAUCCUCCACUGCUGGGCCAGAGACACAGGGCCCAAGCACCUCCAGGCCUGUGGCUUCCACUUCUCCUGCCUCAGAAACCAUCGAGGCCAGGCCUUCAGCCACUACGGGCAGCAGCACAGGGACACCAACACCUCAGUUCACCACCAGAGAGCCCCCGGUGCAGGGGACGGCCACUUCACCUCCCUCAUCCUCCAAAGCCACAGCCUCUGCCGGCAGCAGUGCCACGACUCCUCCUGGAGAAGAGAAAGGUUCCACCAUGAACCAGGGGAACAGAACAACAACUGAGACCUCCCAUUCCCACCUAUCCACAGCCUUGGUGUCCUCUCCAUCCUCCACUGCUGGGACAGAGACACAGGGCCCAAGCAGCCCCAGGCCUGUGGCUUCCACCUCUCCUGCCUCAGGCACCAUCGAGGCCAGGCCUUCAGCCACUGUGGGCAGCAGCACAGGGACACCAACAUCUCAGCUCACCUCUUCAGCCCUGCCCCAGGGACAGCCAACUGAGCAAGUGACGGCCACUUCACCUCCCUCAUCCUCCACAGCCUCUGCAGGCAGCAGUGCCAUGACUCUUCCUGGAGAAAGGGAGGGUUCCACGAUGAACCAAGGGGACAGAACAACAACUGAGACCUCCCAUUCCCUCCCUUACACAUCCCCGGUGUCCAUGAUGAUGACGGUAGAUGGAGAAGGGAGGACAGACACUGCACCCACAACAAUGUCAGAAAGAGGCUCACUGGGGACAUCUCCUGGGAGUGGUGCACUGUUCCCAGCAUCCCCAACAACAGGAACUGGCGCCACCACUGCCCCAGAGACUGGCACUGCUUCUUCCCAGUCCUUCAGCUCAGCAGUGAUGAGCCACUCCUCCUCCUCCUCUCCUGAGGGAGCUGUGCCUCCCAGCCCACAGCAGAGCAGCACCAGCAGCACCACUGGGACGCCCUUGGCCACCACAUCCCACCCAUCCACAGCGCUGGUGUCCUCUCCAUCCUCCACUGCUGGCACUACAGGCAAUGAGUCAGAGCCCAUUGUGAACAGCUCAGCUGCCACCACAGCCAGCACCAACCCAGUGCCUUCCACCUCUGGCACAUCUUCCAUGAGCUCCUCAGCUGUGCCUCCCAGCCCACAGCAAAGCAGCACCACUGGGAUGCUCUCAGCACGACUCCUCCUGGAGAAGGGGAAAGUUCCACCAUGAACCAGGAGGACAGAACAACUGAGCCCACUGCCAACACCUCCCCUUCCCUCCCUGCCACAUCCCUGACAACCCCAUCCCCGACAAACCUCAAUACAGCAACAUCUGUCAAUCCUUCUAUUACUACAACUUGUUUGACAGAGUCCAUCAGAGUACAGAAUGUGACUGCAGAAGAAAUUCACCUCAGCUGGAGCAGCAGCAGCAGCACAGGCGGCCUCUACAGCAUCUCUGUCAAGGAUGGAAAUGAGAUAAAUACAAGAACUACAAAUGAGACAGAAACUGUGAUUGAAAACCUGCUUCCUGGCCAUGUGUACACCAUUUCUGUGGCACUGUCAUCUUGUGCUGGGAGCAAUCCUGCUUCAGUCACUGUCCGAACAGAUUAUGGUUCCUGUUUCAAAGGGACUGAGUUUUGUUUAGCACAAAGUACUGGCUGUUCUGACUUGAAAGGCGUGGCGUGCUCCAAUAACCAAGCAUUUUCCUGCAAAGUUCGGUUGGAAAAUGAGAAAUUUAAUAAUACACUUUAUAACUCUGAUAGUGAAGGCUACAUAAAUAUGUCUAAAAGACUCAAAACAGAGGUUCUUGAAGCAAUGAACGCUGAACUGGGGAAUAACCACUCUGAUAUUUUCAUUCUGGGGUUCAGAUCUGGCAGUGUUAUUGCUGAUUUUCUCUUUCUGCUGCCAAAAGAAGAAGCCAUGGAUGUGGGUGACAUUCAGACCCGCCUGAGUAAUGUAUUAACGAGCAAGUUUGGGAGCCAAAGUGAAGUGGAAACUGUGUCUGUUCAGACACCAGAUGACAACAUCUCCUCCUGGAGAGCAGCAGUGAUUGUCCUUGGAGUUCUGCUGGGAGUUGCAUUAGUGGUGAUUCUGCUGGCAAUUCUGUUUUACAUCCAUGGGAGGAGAAGAUCAGGUAUGGAUUUUUCUUCAUUGUACACAUGGUAGAGUGAGGAACAGAGAAACUUCUCUUCAGCCUAUCCCAUAUAGGUACUGCAAUGACUUUAACACUGGCAAUCUAGAGAGACAAGACCCAAACUACUCAAUAUUAUAUUUAGGUGGCACUGAAAACAGGGUGACUGAGCCUGGUAGCUGUGGCAGGUCACCUGAAUGCUCAGCUGAGCCCAGAGUCAUCCUGUUGAGUUUUGUGCACUUGCCCAAGGGUGAUUCACCUCCCCUGAGACUCCUAUCACUGUAUAAAAUUACAUAUAUAU